CCGUGUCUCAAAGACUCGGCUCCAUUCUCUCAACGCACAGAGACACUUGCCAGCCUUUCCUAUUUACUCUAAUCUUAUUCACAUCUACAGGUAGACAAACGGACGCCGUUGUCAUCGUCGACUGUUGAUCGGUUGUCGAUUCAUCAUCCGUCCUCCAUUGUGCAGCGCACCCACUCACCUUCGAUCCAAGCCUCUGUCACCACCCGUUGGCCCCCAAAGAAACAGCUUCAUGGCUCAUGCGCUGUGCCUAUCCAGAUGAUCGCGGCAACAUCUAUCCCUCUAUUUUCCUCACUCAUUAGCUAUCGUGUUCAUACCGCAGCGGACCGAGCACCACCCUUGUGUGGGCUUUGGUAACCAACUCACGACUGCGACCUCCUCUUGCGACAACUGAUCAUGUCGAACGGCCAUUAUCGACAACAAUGGCAACAAGGCCCAGAGCCUGCCCAACGCCAGUAUCAGUACGAGCGCAGGGACGACCGUGCUCAUAGACAAGAGCAACCUCCGUUUCAGCAAACCCGCAAGAACGACUACCAGCGCUAUGCUGACUACCCACAGAGCCGCAACGAUGCAUUUGAUUCUCGACAAGGGCAAGAGCCAGCACAAUUUCAAUAUGAGCAGGACAACCAAUGGGUGAAUCAUGAUCCAUAUUUGAAGAAUGGCUAUCAGGACAGCUACGCUCCUAAUGCUACUUCCCACAAGCAAGAAUUCAACAGAGCUCAACCGCAGCAAGGGCAUUCCAAUGGCAAUGACCGGACUUAUCAGUAUGAUGAGAGAUUCAGAGCCAAUGGCCAUCCUCGACCGUCUCUACCACAGGAGCCAUCAAGCCAGUCUAAUGGCAGCGGGCGCUCUCGUGGCCAGCGCUCCGAAAGAUUUGACGGAUCUGAACCAACGACUCCCAAAAAGUCAAGAGGCCGCGACCGUAUCUUGCCACAACCUUCUUCUCCCAAGAAUUUGGCAUGGGACAAUCCCUUUGGAGCCUUCCCGCCCAAAAAGCAGAAGCACGACGAACGUGACAAAGAGAGACAUCAGAGUCUAGAUAAGGCCAUGGACGAUCUAAGCGUCAACGAUCGUCGGUACAGCGGAGGACCAGAAGUACGGCCUCAGACAUCCCAUGGUCAGAGAGCUCCACCGCAAAACAGAGAUCCUCCUCCAAGACCAGGUACUUCGCACGAUCGCCCCCCAGAAUUGGGACUCAUGCCUUUGGCGCCACAAUACCAUAACCUACCUCCUGGCCGACAAUCGCCUGAGAUGAGUCGACGAAAACCAGCGGUCCCCCCGCAGCAAAGCUCCCCAAGACGCCCUCCACCUCAGAUGGCCCCCCGAAUGCCUCCAAUGCGCUCUGGUGAAGACCGCGCUAGACAGGGACCUUCUGGACCUGUUGCCAGUUACAACUCCCGUGCCCCUCAAGAUCCUCAAAGUGCCAGUCUAGGACACGUGAGGCCACAGCGGGAACAGCGGGAACAGCGCAACCUAGACAGUGGGUAUGAUCGCGACCAUAUUCCUCAAUCAAGAGCAUAUCACCCGCCGGACGACAUUUCUCAGGCCCGUAGUGGUCCGCAACGGUCGGCAACUGUCGAGGGGUUUCAACACCCAAGUCGAUCGGCACCGCCAGAACGUUUCGAUCCACCCUCCCGGACAGCAACGCUGGAGCGUUUCGAUCCUCCUUCCCGUGCCGCGACGUUCCAAGGCUAUGAACAGGCUGCUAUUCCGAGCGCUGCGCCAAUGAACACCGCCAAUACUGCCAGCCGGGAUAUGCCUAAUUUUGACGCAAUUCCUGCACCGCACGAACAGCCUGACGAAUUGUUUGGAACGAGUCCAGCUUCUUUCGACAAACCUUAUCAGAAACAAACAUACCAAGUCCCUGGUUCUUUCCCCAUCCAACUCGAUACCAGGCAGGACCAAGCUGGAUAUGGCGAUGCAGUCCAUUCACCUUUGGCUGAUUUUGCGUUUGAUCUGCCACAGAACACGAACACCCGAGCGAUGACACCAGGUAGAAAUGACACAGCCAGCCCAUCACAACCGUACCGUGGAUAUCAAUACGGUGAGCAGAACAACCUCGACCAGAGAGCAGGGUCGUUGGGUGGACAAGAAGAUGGUCGACGCCAGCAGAAUGCCUCACAAUUUCCUCCGCGUGCUGCUAGCCGGCCUGCCUUUCAAUCGGAUCACUCUCGACCACCACCGAUGCCCUUCACUGGACAGGACGGUUAUCGUUCGGUCAGCGAUGGGCAAUAUCCCCGGGGCCAGCAGGGGGGUCCACAAGGCGCGCAAAGAAGCCUCGACAUGGCCAAUUCAUACGGGCAGAGAGUUCAGCAAAAUGGUAGAGACAAUCAUCGAGCGGGAUUUCCCCAUCCUUAUGGCGCUCAAGAUUGGAACCAGUCUGCACCGAAUAAAGUCUAUGAGCAGCAGCCAUUCGAGCAGCGACCGCCGCUGCAAUCAAGGUCGCAGGAGAACUACGACGUGGGCCAUGUGGGACGACCCGGCCCACCACAGCAACCCUACAUCCGAAAUGCUCAUCCCGUACCCGUCCGAAAUUAUGGGCCGCCUGCGCCUGCGCCUACGCCAGCUCCUGUUUCGGUCAAUCCAGACUCGCUGCCUGCGCACCCUGAACCGGCGAGACAGAACAACAACAAUUACAACGUAGGUUACGCAGCCAAUACUCAGCAGCAACGACAGCAGCAACCAACACCAGGACCCGGGAAUGCACCUCGACAAGUGUCGGUCACUGGGGUUAACGGGACCGAUGCCCACAAAGAACCGGCAAUCACGCAGCAGGAGCUCAGCAGUCUACGCAAUCAGUAUAGUCGAACUCCCGGUGAUCAUGCACUCGGAUUGAAACUAGCCAAGAAGCUGGUUGAAGCAGCACGAGUGCUUGCGGACGAGGGUGGUACGGCGGAUCCCAAACAAACACAGAAGAAUCGGGAAAAUUAUGUGUUUGAAGCUCACAAGGUGGUGAAGAGACUGGUGUCGGCGAAUUAUCCCGAAGCCAUGUUUUAUCUCGCGGACUGUCAUGGGCAGGGGCUGCUGGGCCUGGCGGUCGACCCGAAGGAGGCAUUUCAUCUGUAUCAAUCGGCGGCCAAAUUGAACCAUGCCCCAAGUGCUUACCGGGUAGCGGUGUGCUGUGAACUUGGGCCAGACGAAGGGGGCGGCACACGGCGAGAUCCGCUCAAGGCGAUACAAUGGUACAAGCGAGCGGCCACCCUAGGAGACACGCCGGCCAUGUACAAGAUGGGAAUCAUUCUUCUCAAAGGACUGCUGGGCCAAGCCAAGAACUCACGCGAGGCUGUGUCGUGGCUCAAAAGAGCGGCUGAACGAGCAGACAAGGACAACCCUCAUGCAGUUCACGAACUCGGGCUCUUGUACGAAUCGGCAGCUCCGGGUGAUCACAUCAUCAAAGACGAGAGGUACGCCCUGCAGCUGUUUACACAAGCAGCAGAGCUGGGUUACAAGUACUCACAGUUUCGGUUGGGGUCGGCGUAUGAGUACGGUCUGCUUGGGCUCCCGAUUGAUCCUCGGCAAAGCAUCGCUUGGUAUACUCGAGCGGCAGCGCAGGGGGAGCAUCAAUCAGAGCUCGCACUUAGCGGUUGGUAUCUGACCGGAUCGGAGCCAUUGCUGUCCCAAAGUGACAAUGAGGCGUUCCUGUGGGCGAGAAAGGCGGCGAGCUCUGGCCUAGCCAAGGCAGAGUACGCGAUGGGGUAUUUCUUCGAGGUGGGGAUUGGGACUGAUGUGGAUCUUGAAGAAGCAAAACGAUGGUACUACCGAGCAGCUGCACAAAACAUGCCAAAGGCUCGAGAACGGUUGGAGGAGUUGAAGCGGGGUGGACAACGACACACCAAGAGCCGAGUGUCGAGAUCUCAGGUCAACCGGCAGAGCGAAGGGGAAUGUACAGUGAUGUGAUGCAGGAGACGCAGCGUGUUGUGUUUGGGUUGUUGCGAAUUUUCAUGCAUUUGUUCAGGGCUGUGAUCACACGUGGCACGGGGAGUGAGCGAUAUACCUUGAGAUUGUCGGGGCUCGGCAUGGUGCGUUUUUAAUUUUCAAGGUGAGCUGCCGAUGCAUAAUGUAUAAUGGAUCAUGGAUCUAUGGAGUCACGCAAGUAUGCAACAGACGUGGGUCAAGAUACAUGAUGGCGUGCGACUUGGUUCUCUAGGGAGUUGUAAAUGUUUAGAUGAUGUUGAACCCAAUGUAGCAGUGUAAAACUGCGUUAGUGAAUGAUGCCUUGAUUAUGAUUAGCUGGCUAAGGGUCGGGGACUGUAUGACUUAUGUCUAAGACGAUCAAUUUGGGCCAGCAUGACCUAGUUAGGUGGCACAUUGUGUGUAUAGUUAUAGUCACAGUAAGUAGG